AUGUGCAGAGGCUUUUUCAGGUUUCAUAUCGAAGGCGGUGCAGGAAAAGAACAUGGAAUUCAGGUUGCUCGAAAUGCUCCGAUUAAUUCACAUUUGUUUUUUGCGGAUGAUUCUAUUAUCUUCGCUAGAGCCUCAAAGUCUGAAGCUGCUGAAAUUCAGACUAUCAUUAAAUGUUACGAAGCUGCUUCGGCUACAGGAAGGAAUAUUGCUAGGAAAUUGCGGGUUAAAUCAGUUGUCCACCAUGAUCGCUAUUUAGGAUUACCAACUUUUGUGGGUAGUUCUAAACGAGAGAUUUUCAACAUUUUGCUUGAGAGAGUGUGGAAAAAAUUAAAAGGGUUGAAGGAGAAAUUAUUAUCCAAAGCAGCAAAAGAGGUGUUACUCAAAGCAGUUAUUCAAGCAAUUUCGACAUAUACUAUGGGUGUUUUCAGACUUCCUCAAAAAAUAUGUCAAAAAAUACAAAGCUUUAUGUCCAAUUUCUGGUGGAAGAGCGGAGGAGAAGGGAAAGGUUUACACUGA